AUGUCUUCUUCCAGCAAUAUUCCCAUCCUCCAUUAUGUCGAACAUAAUCCAGGCCACCCCACCAUUCUGCUUAUUCACGGUGCCUUUGUUUCUGGCCUUUACUGGGAUCUAGUCAUCCCAUAUCUCAGCUCGUAUCAUUUGAUAAUUCCAGAUCUUCCAGGGCAUGGCAAAUCCCAAGCCAUCACGCCGUUUUCAGUUGAUCUUUCGGCCGAUCUCAUCGCCGAUCUGAUCCGCACCCAAGCCAACGGCCCAGUUCAUAUCAUCGGCCACAGUCUUGGGUCACAUAUCGCCAUCCGUGUAGCCUCCAAAGAACCCGAGCUGGUCAAUUCCAUGUUCAUCUCUGGCUUCGAGGUAUUUCCCAAAACUGCGCUCACACCCUACAUACCAUACGUAGCGUGGGCCAUGCCUCGAGUGGAAAAUUGUCUCCCACGUCCCCUGAUACGCUGGGCUAUGGAUGGCGCGGAUUUACCACGCACGGAUACCGGUACUUGCACCCUCGAUCUAUGUCGGCAGAUCGUCUCGUCGGGGACUCCAACUGAGUGGCCAUCACCAUGGCCAGCACGAACUCUCAUUGUUGCAGCUGGCAAAGGAGGCAUUAUUCCUACCAGCGAUCACCCGCACGAUGCAUUAAAGCUCAUGAAUAUUGGGAGAGAGCUGAAUGAAGAGACUGUUGCAUACACACAUAUGAGUAUGCGACAUCCCUGGAAUCGUCAAGCUCCCCAGGUUUUUGCGGAAACCGCUGGGGCAUGGUUUGAGCACAAAGAGUUGCCUGAAGGGUUUACGAAGCUAUAG